AUGCGUUCACUCGUUUUCUUCUCAACCUUCGUUUUGAGCUUUGCUCUGUUCCAGCUUGUCGCCGCUCGAGCCACCAACCAGCAGAAGCGUGCUGAACAGGAUACUAGCCCCAAUGGGGUAGUCAACUUCAUCCGGGAUCUCUUUGGUCUGACUGCUCGUCAAGAGCAGGUCUGCGUAGAGGAUGAUAUCUACACAGAGGUUCACAACUAUCCUAACGCAAACGAAUUCUGCAAUCGAUUCUUGGGCAAUUCCCCCAACGUGGUCGCUGUCUAUACUACCCCCGUCACGUAA